UUGGGGUUGGGGAAAUUUGUCACUCUACUGUAACAGCUGCAAAUUGGUUGGGAACAACCAAGCUAGGUUGGCAAGGGUGGCCAACUUGGAUGGAUUGGUUGGGAAGGGACAAAGGUCAAAGUUGAGGUUCCUAUAGGGAGGGAAUCUUUGUGCUUAUGGGGUUUCCUUGGUUGGGGACUCUCUUGGGACCUUCCCUCUCGUCCCUCUCCAUCUAUCCCAACCUUUCUCUUGCUCCUUCUAAUUCCUUAAUUUCGGAUUUAUAUUUUGAGUAAUUCUAGCUCCUAAGUUCACCUAGACUCUGUCCUUAAUCCUAACAAGUGGUAUCAGAGCCAUAUUAAGGACAUUGAGAGGAGUCUACAGAAGUGUGAAGACCCUUCUAGACCCACCAUGGCCUCAAGAUCAAUGGACACCUGAGUGGCUAAGGCAGCAGAUUCUGCAGGAGGACUUCCGCAGACGCCAUAUGGGAGGCGGUGCUGCCACUAAGACUGCUGAGGGGUAUGGAGCUGCAGGGCGCGGCAAAGGAAGAGGGGGUUGGAGAGGCCGAGGCCGUGGGAGGAGCUUUGGCAGAGGUAGAGGCCGAGGUGACUAUAAUGAGGGGCAUGGAAGCUCCAGUGGCAGGGGGAGUACCAGAAUGGAGGGCACCUGCUGGUACUGCAAGAAGGUCGGGCAUCCUUGGUUCAAGUGCUUCAGCAGGCCGGAGGGAUGGGCACCUCCAGGCAUGAAGCCGCCCAGUGGUGAACGCGCACAAGGUGGCGCUGUGCAAGGCUCAGGUGCACAAGGUGAAGGUGCACAAGGUAAUGCCUAUCCUGGUUUGUUUCUUAUGGUUGAGGAUGUGCAUGGGCAUGAGGGUGAUGUGGGAUCUGUGGGAAAGGUUGUGAUGCACCCUCUCAUGCACUGGGUGAUUGAUUCGGGUUGCAUCAGUCACAUGACCCCACGGGCAGAUUUGCUUGAUGAGGUAAAACCCCCUGGGAAGAUCAAGUAUGUGGCAGCAGCGUCAGGUGCUUUGCUCCCUGUGAUUGGCGUUGGGAAUGCCAAGGUUAAGGGAGCUAAUGGGGAGCUUGUGGGGCUUGGGAAUGUUCUGCUAGUUGAAGGUUUGUCUGCUAACCUUCUCUCUGUGCGGCGACUGCAGAAGAGCAAGGCCGAAGUGACCUUUGGACCAACCAGCUGCCGUGCUAAGCUUGGGAAGAAGGUGCUGUGGAGUCUGGAAGAGGAGACCAGCUGCAUCAAGGACCUGUGGCAGCUGCCCAUCAUCCCAUGGAAUGGGAAGACUCCAACAGCAGCAACGGCAGCAGCGGCAAAGGCAACAGCAGGAGGAGAUGCAACUGCACCAAAUGAUGGGGUCCUGGAAGCAGUCAAGAAAGUGCAGAAGCAGCAGACACAUGGUGAGGUGCUUGCUGGUGUGGAUGCGAGUGCGGCAUGGGCUAAGGCUUCAUCAAGGAGUGGAGAGGCCGAUUGGGAGACAUGGCAUGAGAGGUUGUGUCAUGUGAACUUCCCUAUGCUGCAGAAGUUGGUGAAGAAUGGGAGCCUGAAGGGCUUGGAGGUGAAAGGGGAAGUGAAGGAGAUUGGGAGCUGUCCUACAUGCUUGGAGACCAAGUUCUCCAAGUUCCCCUUCAACAGCACUACAGGACCAGCCAAGACCCCACUUGCACUUGUGCACAUGGAUGUGGUGGGGCCCACAAGAGCCCCUUCCCUCUCAGGCAGCCGCUAUUUCUUGACAAUUGUAGAUGACCACACUCGGGCAGUGUGGGUUUACCCUUUGAAGAGCAAGGGGGAGGUGGCAGCGGCUGUCCUUAAGGAGUGGAUGCCUAGAGCUCAGAGGGAAUGCGGACACAAGGUGAAGGUGAUCCGUAGUGACAAUGGUGGGGAGUUCAUUGGAGCUGAUUUUGAGGGGGAGUUGAAGAGGAAGGGGAUCCAGCAUCAACUGACAGUGCCCUACAACCCACAGCAGAAUGGCGUGGCUGAGAGGUUCAACAGGACCCUGCAGGAGGGGGCACGCACUCUCCUUGGGCGUGCAGGGCUGCCUGAUCCGUUUUGGGUGUCUGCACUGAGGCAGGUCGCCCUUGUGAAGAACAGGGUGCUGGCUACAGUUGGAGAUAAGGAGUGGAUCCCAUAUGUCAAGUGGUAUGGGAGUGCUCCAGCUGUGAACAUGCUGAGGGCAUUUGGGUGCAUGGUGGUGUUUCAUGUGCCCAAGGAGAAAAGGGGGAAGUUGGAGGCUUCUGGAAGAUGGGGUGUGCACUUGGGGAUUGCAAAGGAUCACAAGGGGUGGCUGCUAUGGGACUUGACCACCCAGAAGUUGACAGUGUCAAGGGAUGUGAAGUUUCUUGAGUCCCUGUACUACAAGGAAUGGAAGCAGCAGCAACAGAAGCUUCCAUCUACACCGCUCAUUGUGGAGGCAGAUGAGGUGCAGCAGCCUUCAAGACAGGUGGAGGUUGCAGUGUCAGAGGAGGAGAUGUCUGGGGUGACUGAGGAAGGGGGAGCAGCUGAAGUGGAGCAGCAGCAGCAGCAGGAGCAGCAGCAGCAGCAUGAGUCUCCACCUCGAGUUCCACACCCGCCUGAGCGACCUAGGAGGGAUGUGCGCCCUCCGGUGAGGCUGACCUAUGGGGGAAGAGGCAAGCCAAAUGUGGUGCAGGCUGGGAGCGUGGUUGAGCAGAUUGAGGAAGAUGAGAUCGCUCACUGCUACUGGGCACCAAUCCCUGAGCCCAAGACUCGAGAGGAGGCCUUGAAUGGACCAAAUGGGGAGAAGUGGAAGGCGAGUGAGGAUGAGGAGUUCGGGUCCCUGAUUGAAAACGAGACAUGGGACCUGUGUGACUUGCCUCCUGGGAAGAAGGCAAUCACUUCCAAGAUGAUCUACAGGCACAAGUAUGGACCUGAAGGGGAGCUGACCCGCUACAAGUCUAGGCUUGUGGCACGGGGGUUUCAGCAGACAAAGGGGAAGGACUAUGAUGAGGUGUUUGCUCCUGUGGGGAAAGGAACAACACUGAGGGUGCUGUUGGCGAUAGCUGCACUCCUGGGAUGGAAGAUACGGCAGAUGGACAUUGUGACUGCCUUUCUGAAUGGGAUCAUUCUGGAGGAGGUGUACAUGAAGCAGCCAGAGGGGCUGGAUGAUGGGAGCGGCAGGGUCUGCAGGCUGAAGAAGGCCAUCUAUGGCCUUAAGCAGGCGCCUCGUGCAUGGUAUCACAAGUUGGAGGAGGCGCUGUUGGCUGGGGGUUUCAAGAAGAGUGAGUGUGACCCCAGCCUGUUCCUGCUGCAGGAGAAGGAUGAAAUCCUCAUGCUCUUGGUGUACGUGGAUGAUAUCCUUCUCUUUUCUGCAUCAACUGCUUUGCUGGACAGCGCAGAGCAGAUGCUAGAGAUGCAGUUCAAGUGUUCCAAGAUGGGUGAGGUGAAGUACUACUUGGGGAUGCAUGUGGAGAGAGAUGUGGAGAAAGGUGUGCUGAGGUUGCACCAGAGGAAGUACUGUGAGGGGCUGGCUGAAAAGUAUGGGCUGCAAGAUGGGGGAAAGCCAGCAACACCACUACCUUCGGGGUUCACUGUUGAGCCAUGUGCUGAUGAGGAGGUAGUGGGUGAUAGUGACAGGAAGCUGUUUCAUUCGAUGGUUGGGUCGCUGAAUUAUGCUGCAAAUCAUACACGGCCUGACAUUGCAUUUGCUACAUCACGACUGGCUAGCGUGGUUUCACGUCCUAGUCAUGAGCAGCUGGAAGCGGCCAAGAGGUUGGUCCGCUAUGUGAGUGCUACGGCAUCAGUGGGAUUGGAGUACAGUGGAGUGAGGCAGCGGUUGCAGAGAGGUGCCGCAGAUGUGAAGAGUGGCGAAAUGCUCUUGAGUUGCUAUACUGACGCUAGCUUCAACUCAAUGUGGUAUGGUGGAUGAUGGUUGGCAGCCAGAGGGGGAGAUUGUUGUGUGAUGUCAUCAUAUGCUAUCACAUUCUGUCUGCCUCUCAUCUCUUGUUUCAAUUCGUAUGUAUGGUUUGACUGUGUGUGAAAGAAUUUGUGUGUGGUGUGUUCUGGAGUUUGGGAAUGUGUUUUGUGUUAUUCUGUCUGAGCAGGUAUUUGUGAUGAUAGAUCUUGAGAAGAUCUUUCCGACGCAACAAGAAUCGCUUCAAUCGGAGCAAGAACGCGAAAGCUAUGAAGAUUCAAAGUUCAUGAGCUUGCGUUACAAUUGCGGCGGUUACAAAGUGAAGUUGUGGGGUGACUUUAUAUGGAGUUGGGACCUUUGGGGUUGGGGAAAUUUGUCACUCUACUGUAACAGCUGCAAAUUGGUUGGGAACAACCAAGCUAGGUUGGCAAGGGUGGCCAACUUGGAUGGAUUGGUUGGGAAGGGACAAAGGUCAAAGUUGAGGUUCCUAUAGGGAGGGAAUCUUUGUGCUUAUGGGGUUUCCUUGGUUGGGGACUCUCUUGGGACCUUCCCUCUCGUCCCUCUCCAUCUAUCCCAACCUUUCUCUUGCUCCUUCUAAUUCCUUGUGAGAUUCUUGAACCUUUUUUGAA